AUGUUUCUAAUAAUUUAUUUAUUUAAUUUAUUUAUUUUUGUUAAUUCCCAAUUUUGUUUUAAAGAAGAAUUUAAAGAAGAAGUUUGUGAAAAUCAUUUACCUAUCGAUGCUUGUAUAACAAUUUUUGGGACAAGAAAAAGUCAUGAAAAACGUCCAAAACUUUGUGAAUGUCCACAUUUACAAACUGAAGCUUUACAAUGUGCAAAUCAUUGUUCUAUGUGUUGUGAAAGGCCUGAACAUUCUUGUCCAGAUUUAAGAAAAGAUUGCUUUAAAAGGCGUAAAAAUGGAGAUUGUUGGGAAAAAGAAAAUAUUGAGGACCAAAUUAAGAAUUGUGGAGGUACUUGUGGACUUUGUGGACGGAAAAAAUGGAAAUGGGAUGAAAAUUGGAUGUGCAGGGAUUCGAAUUGGGAAUGUCCGGAAAUGGAAAGUUUUUGUAAUUUUGAUGAGAGAAUUCGCCUUUUGUGUCCAAAAACUUGUAAAAAACAAUGGCAUAAAGAAAUUGGAUUUGAACAACCCUGUGAACUUGAAAGAAGAAUUUAUGAAUUUCGAUUUGAAAACCCUUCUGAAGGUUUUUUAAUUACUUAG